GUCUCAGUUGCCCAGUACCAGCCGUUGUCUGCUCGCUCGUCUGCUCGCUCGCUUACCUCGGUUGUUUAGCUUUCCCAUUCCUUUUGCCAUUUAUCUGUCUCAUCUUCUAUUUCUUUUGUUUAUAUUUUAUCAUCGUUUUAUAGUCUUUUAUUCUUGUGUUGUAUAUAAAUAAUAUUUUUGUUGUACAUAUAUAUUUUAUUGUUUUAAGUCGUUUUAAGAACGCGCGCGAAGUGACACCAUGUCGAACGGAGCGGGACCAGCGGGACCUUCGGCCGCGAAGAAGAGGGAACCGCGCGUAGUGUGGACUUCCCAGGAGACCUGGACGUUGAUCCGGCUCUGGGAGGGCAGAAUGGAGGACCUUCGACGCGCGAAGCGUAACGGAGGCGUGUACGAAGAGAUUGCGGAGGAGCUGCUUCGUUGCGGCAUCGUGAGGACGAAGGGCCAGGUUCACACCAAGAUAGAAAAUUUGACCAACACGUACCGAAAACACCUGAGGGAAGGGACCACCACGGGUUCCGGUGCCAUGAAGUGGCCCUUCUUCCGGGACCUCAACCGACUGUUGGGGUCCCUACCGCUGAACGACACGACCCUCGUGGAUGAAAGCCUAGCUUCUAACCAUGCUACACCAGCAGUAGUGGAGUUGCUCUCCGACAUGCAAGAGAAAGGCGUGGUCGAAGUGGACUACUUCGAGGAGCCCGUCGAGGAACCGGGAGAGGAGCUGCGUGGCGAGGAAAGCCAAGUCACCAGCACCCCCGCCACUACAAGUGUCAGCAGGCCGGGGCCCAGCAGCGUCAAUGGCACGAGCAACGUGCCGCCCAGGCCACAGAAAAGGAAGAGGCCGCAAGCUCCAAGCACCGCAUAUAUUAAAACGGUGAUUGAUGAGCAGAGGCUGCUCAGGCAGAGUUUUGAGGCAUCGAGGGCAAGAGAGUUUGCCCUACGCGAGCGGGAAAUAGUCCUGCAAGAAACCGCCAUCAAGGUGCAGCAAGAGCUCGCGACUUCAUUGAUGGCUUUCAUGAAUAAAAAUGCCUCAUAA